UGAGGUGGCUCGGGCAUCUAUACUGGAUGCCUCCUGGACGCCUCCCUCGGGAGAUGUUCCAUGCACAUUCCACUGGGAGGAGGCCCAGGGGACGGCCCAGGACACGCUGGAGGGACUAUGUCACUCAGCUGGCCGCUGAACGCCUCGUACUCCCCCCGGAGGAGCUGGAGGACGUGUCUGGGGAGAGGGACGUCUGGGCGUCUCUGCUGAGUCUGUUGCCCCCGCAACCCGGUCCCGGAUAAGCGGAAGACGAGGAGUACGAGUACCUAAACAUUCAUAGAAACGCUGUUUAACUUUAUUUAAAAAGACUAGUUCAUUUUAUAGGACCUGUCAGUGGUGACCUGCUAAGUUAAAAUAUAAUAAUAAUUAUUUCUUGAUGUGGGAUUUUUUUUUUCCUAACUAAAUAAAUGUGUUCAGAUUAAAGGUUGUGUUUUUUAAUGUUCCAGAUGAGAUAAUACUGCUGAGAAGAAAAAUGUUUUUAUCUUAAGAAUUUUUACAAAUCUUUAUCAUUGGUGUAGUCUUAUUUUUUUGAUCAUCCUGUACUUUCUUUUUCUCUGUUUCUUCUAAAGAACAAACUCAGAAUACAUCCUUAUUUCCUGUUUAAGGAUUUGGUGCAUUUACUCAUAUGCAUGUUGUUGGCUUCAACUGUUGUCAAUCUCCAAUAAUCCAGUCUUCUCCGUUUCAACAUCCAAUACCGCCCACCGACCGCCGAGGCUCAUUGGCUGUGUGUUCAUUAUUCGAAGUAACGUCACCUGCCAUUGGGAGCCCGGAGACACUCCAGCAACAUACUAUACCCUUAAAGUUCAGAGAAUGCACAGCUUAAGUGGUGUUCAGUCCUCGAGUCCAAACAGCUCCGUAAAGACAUUCACCUGUACCACAUCUGGGUUGAGCUGCACAGCAGGAAUCGGUAGAUCUACAGUCAGGAUCGACUUUUGCAUCAGCAUCAUUUUGCAUGGUGUAAGUGGAAAUGUUUCAUCAGCACCUCGGUGUCAGCUUGGAAGGAAAGAAGUGAUCUUGCCACCAGUAGUUUUGAACAGCGUCCAACAGGUUAGCGAUUUCCCUGAGUGUCUGAAUGUGUCCUGGAGUCGUGUCCUGCAUUUGUUUCCUGUGGCUGAGACAGAAAUCAAAAACGGACACCUGAAUUCUCAAAUAGAGUUUGCAGCAAAAGGGCAGGUAAAUGCUCAGGUCAGGAAUGUGUCAGUAAGUGGACUCUGUAUCCUGGUGUGCCUCUUCAGACCAGACACCUUGUAUACGAUCAGGCUUCAACACCGCUACCAGGGCCCAGCGAGCCCGUGGAGCCAAUGGAGCAAUGCAAUUCAGGGAAGAACAGCAGAGGAUGCCCCGUCUGCAGCACCGGUGCUCUGGAGGGAGGUGUUACACACCAGCAGGAAUGGAUGGAGGCUCGUUUCUCUGCUUUGGAAGCCGUUGCCUCACUCCCAGGCCAAUGGCAGAGUUGUCCUCUACAAUGUGAAUUGCCAGGCAGAGAACGAUCAGAUUCUUAGCGAUUAUGGGAGCUGCAGAAAAUUGCAGCAUGCAAACACAUCCUGCAGCUUGCCUCUUCCUCCCAGACGUUGCUCCUGUUCUUUGACGGCCUCCACCAUUGCAGGGAUGUCGCCGGAAGACCAAGUCUGGAUCCAAGGCUCCUCGGAAACAGAGACACCACCUCCAGCGAAACUCACUGCCACUCCCCUGGGUGACAGCAGCAUGGAGGUUCGCUGGACCUCUCCGCCAGAUUUGUCAGUGAGCGGCUUCGUUGUGGAGUGGUUUGCAGUCAGAGAGAAAACCAGCAGCAUUCUGCACUGGGAAAAACUAAAUAGUUCAUGUACAAGGCUGGUUAUUGCAGAGGGAGUGAAGCCGUUGGAACGUUAUACUGUCUCUGUCAAGGCUCUGUACGGUGAACAAGGAGCAGGGAAAAAUAUAACGCUCCAUGUUUACACACGGGAAGGAACGCCCUCAGCUGGUCCUAAUGUGCAGGUGGAGCACAUUUAUGGCAGCUCAGUGGAGCUUAGCUGGAGUCCUGUACCUGUGGAGCUGCUUAAUGGCUUCAUCAGAAACUACACCCUCUUCUACAUCACCAAACACCGGCCAGCAAAUAGUAUAACUGUGCCUGGUCAUGUUCAUCACUACACUCUGGAGAAUAUGUCACCUGGUAUUUAUGACAUAUUCAUAUGCGCCACCACCAUCGCUGGGACCGGUCCAGUUGGGAACCUGGCUAACGUGCACAUCGGCUCUGAGGAAAUAUCAAUAGUGAUUGGUGUUGUCGUUCCACUCCUGCUCAUUUCAGUGGUGCUGAUGCUGAUAUUUCUCCUGGCUCAGAUGAAGAUGGUAAAACAGAAGCUCUUUCAAGGAGUGCCUGAUCCUGCUAACAGCACAUUGUCCCACUGGAACCCUGAAACUAGUAUGGAGAGUAAGAAGCUGGUUGUGGAGCAAGACAAGCCUGAAGUCAGCUACCCUGAAGUCUUCUUGCUUGACAAGCUGCAAGAAGUAGAGAAGACCCACAGCUUUUUAUGCAUCAGUAAUCCUCAGAUCUUUGCUUACCUGCAUCCCUCUUCACCCCCAGCCAAAGCAUCAGAUAAAGGAUAUAUCAGAAACAUGAGCAAGACCCAGUCUGUCACUGAUCUUUCCACCAGCCCCUGCAUCUACUCUAAUGUCCUCUGCAGCCAGUUCAACCAGAAUAUGCCUCCACCACUCCUGCCUUGCUCUUAUCAAGUCAGUCAAAAUAGCAUGGCCUGCAUUAAUGACAUUAAGCAGCCUGUAGAUGGAGUCAGUGAGUUGCCAGUCUUUCAGUUUACUCCAACAGAUGAACAGAAAACCUUCAGACUGUUUCUGGAGCAUCUUAGAAGCCAAAAAUCAGCUGGACUGCCCAGUCCUCCGUCUUACUUUGUCGUCAGACUGAAGUCCCCAGAUUAAACCCGGUGCUGUGGGCGUAGAAAAAUACUCCAUCUCACAGCUCUGCUUCAACAUUUAUAUUCAUACAUUCCCACGCUUGUUUUUCUGGAUUUAUCCUUUUGUCCUAUGCAGUGUGGUCUUUACAUCUUCUCUGAUAUAUUUAAACUGGUAGAUAAAGAUUUUAAAUUAUUUUAAUUCAACCAUGAAGUUUCUUUCUGGUAGGAAGUGACACAAGCCUCUCCCAAAUAAAAAUAAGGCUGUGGACAAUGGGGUCAUCAUCAUUUUUGAAUAAGAAAUUAUUCAGUUUUUAUUUACUUAUUAAUUUCAAAAGAAAUGGCAUGUCAAAACCUAUCUGUACCCUUCAAUCAAUUGAAAAGUCUUUAUUGGCAUUCCAGCAAUUAAGCAUUUCUUUUAAGCUUCUUAUCUCAUUAUAAUCACUAAGAUGCUUUUUGCUUAUCUCCACUGGUCAGUCAGUCAUUUUCUACCGCUUAUUCCAUAGUGGGUCACGGAGGUGCUGGUGCCUAUCUCCAGCAGUCUAUGGGCAAGAGGCAGGGUACACCCUGGACAGGUCGCCAGUCCAUCGCAG